AUGGUUAUUAUGACUAGCAAGAUAUAUUUAUUGAAGUCCCUCUUCAACGUCCCACUUCCAAGACUAGAUUCAUUCAUCAACAACCUUAUUUCCAGGUAUGGAAGAACUGGUAUCUACAAGUCGCACUUGUUUGGGAGUCCAAGCAUCAUCAUCUGUGAUUCUGAUAUGUGUAGGCAAAUCCUAACAAAUGAUGAGACUUUUAAGAUUGGUUAUCCAAAAUCCACUAUGGAAGUGACUAGAUGUAAAUUCUUUUGGAGAUCAUCUCAAGAAGAACACAAGCGUGUGAAACGCUUAAUCUCAGUUCUUACCAUGGGCCACAAUACUUUAGAAAUGUACCUAACUUGUAUGGAGGACAUUGUGAUAAAUUCUUUGGAGGAAAUUUCUAGUAUGAAUCACCAAGUGGAGUUUUUGAAAGAGAUGAAGAAUAUUUCCUUUCAGGUCAUCGUAGAUAUUCUCAUAGGCUCUUACAAUCAACACAUCAUUACAAAAAUAGGGGAUUCUUUUACUGAAAUUUACGGUGCUCUAUUCUCUAUGCCCAUUAACCUUCCUGGUUUUGCUUUCCAUAAAGGACUUCUGGUAAUAUAA